AAUGAUCCCAGAAUGCUUAUCCUCCUCCUUUUCCAUUGGACUCAUCAUGGCUGCUCCGGGCAUUUUCGCCAAGCUAACCCUGUUCCAGUCGCCAGCAUGUGUUGGUGCAAGGAACAUGGCAACAUUGAAAGACAUUCGACUCCGAUUGAGAUCUGUGAAGAACAUCCAGAAGAUAACAAAGUCAAUGAAGAUGGUUUCUGCAGCUAAGUUUGCGAGAGCUGAAAGAGAGCUUAAGUCAGCCAAAGUUUAUGGAAAAGGAGCAACAGCUUUGUACGAGAAAGGGGAAAUUGGCUCAGACGAGAGUAAGCCAAACCAUUUAAUGUUUGCAAUUUCGUCAGAUCGGGGUCUAUGUGGUGGGAUCCACUCAGGAAUGGCUAAAGCAAUCAAAGCCAAAGUAGUGGAGAAAGGCAAUGCCUCAAAUCCAAUGAUAGUUAUCUGUGGAGAUAAAGUGCGAGGAAUCUUGCAGAGAACCCUAGGUGAUAAAGUUCUCAUGCAUAUGAGUGAAACUGGUAGAAAGCCACCAGUGUUUAGCGAGGCUUCAUUUAUUGCUGGUGAAAUUCUUGAUAGUGGCUUUGAAUUUGAUGCUGGGGAAAUGUUCUAUAAUGAAUUCAAGAGCGUGGUUUCAUUCAAAGUCAGAUCUAAGGACCUUCCUCCUCUUGAUGCAGUUGCAGAUUCCGAAAACAUAAACCUAUAUGAUGAUGUUGAUGCUGACGUGUUGCGUAAUUACCACGAGUUCACUUUGGCAAGUAUUGUUUAUUAUGGCCUGAAAGAGUCUGCGUGUAGCGAGCAAAGUUCCAGGAUGACAGCAAUGGACUCAGCCAGCAAAAAUGCAGGUGAAAUGAUUGAUAAACUUACGUUGACGUUUAAUCGCACCCGACAAGCAGUGAUAACAAAGGAAUUGAUUGAAAUUGUGUCUGGUGCAGCGGCCUUGGAAUAAACCUUCUGUGGUGGAAUACGCGUGUUCUGUCAAACAAAUGCUCAAAUGAAGCAGUUUGCUUUCUUUCAGUGAUAUGUAUUUUACAAUAUUGAUAGUUUUGAAAUAUUAAGUUGGUCAUAUGAUGCUUUUUUGAACCCUUUCAAGAGUACGUGUAAUCAUUGCCUGUUACGUCGACUAAGAUGAACAUAAUGAAUUAGUUCCAA